AUGGCUACCCACAAUGUUGCUUUCACUGCUCCACUCAAUCCCGCUGGAGCUAGCACAUUUCUCAAAGAAGACCAAAUUUGGGCUGGCUUGCUCCUCAAGAUUCGAUUUGCCGAAACCUUUGUCCCCAUGGCCAUCCAAUCCACCAACGUGAUUUCCGAGUCCACCGACCCCUCAACUGGCAACCCAGUCACAGUGCGCGAAGUUGUUUUCGUCGAAAACAAUCGCAAAGUGAGAGAAACAGUCAUCGGAUAUAAGCCUUCCAGAGCCGUCUUUGUUCAGCCGGACGGAAGCACCAUCACCAAUAUCGUUAGUGAGGGUGGGGACGGAGAACUCUACAUGACCUACACUUUCGAGUGGAAACACCCUGAUGCCUCCCCAGCAGAACUCGAAGAGCUCUUACAGAAAGAGAAGAAGAUGAUGAAGCUGGCCGUGGAGGGAACGAAUACCGUUUUGCGACAGUUGGCGAACGAUGGAAAAUUUAAAUUUGCCCACAUGUGUAAGACUAUGUACGUCCAAGCUUUGGCACGGUGA